AUGAUCUCAUAUGAUGUUGAUCAUUUUGAUUCAUCAUCGGUUUAUUUGAAUCGGUCGGAAAGGCCUCCAGCGCUAUGGAGUGUGUAUUUUCCAAACGAAGUGUAUAUACCAUCGGAAUUGGAUCAAUACAUGAAAAUAUUAGAGGAUCAUUUCAACAAGUUUAAAGAUUCCUAUCGGUUGAUUACAGUCCAAGGAAUCAGCAGUUAUGUCAUGAAUAUUGAUAUGGCAAACAUGUUGAGUAAUUUGAGUCUGCAAUCUAAAAACUUCAUUGAAGAUAAAUUAUAUAAUUCUCCUGGAUUUUGUAUCGGAGCAAUUGAAAUGGCAGCACAUCAUGUCUUUCUGGAAGGAGAAAAGAACUCUGGAAUGAAAAUCAACGCGAGAAUUCAAAAUCAUUCUGUAUUUAAAGCAUUGAAAAAGUUGAAAUCUAAUUCUAUGGGAAAGUUUGUUGCCGUGAAAGGAACUGUGGUAAAAGUGAGCAAUAUUAGACCAAUAGUAACUCAAAUGGUUUUCAAUUGUGCAAAAUGUGGAACAAAACAAAAGAAGCAUUUUCGGGAUGGCAAAUUUACACUCCCAACGAAAUGUAAAAGUCAUUCAUGUAAAUCAAGAGCGUUCAUUCCAGAUAGAAGCACUGCUGUUACUGUAGAUUGGCAAAGAAUUAAAAUUCAAGAAAUUUCAGAAAGUGAUGACCACGAAGCUGGAAGAAUACCAAGAACAAUUGAAUGUGACAUUACAGAGGAUUUAGUCGAAUCAUGCUCUACAGGAGAUGAAGUGAUUGUUUGUGGAACUGUAAAAGCUGUAAAUACUGAACAACAUGCCAUUGAGGCCUUUGGCAGAUCUUCAUCGAGAGGAAAUACCAAACGAAUGUAUUUUCUGUACUUGGAAGGAAAUUCCAUCACCAAUACAAAAGCAUCAGAAAAAGGUGAUGAUUCCCAGUCUUUCAGUACAACGGAUUUAGAAGCCAUUAGAGAAAUGGGUUGUGAACCAGAUAUCUUUCGAUUAAUUGUGCACUCUUUAUGUCCUGCAAUUUUUGGUCACGAAAUUGUUAAAGCAGGUCUUGUUCUCACUCUCUUUGGAGGCGUUCAACGAUAUACCAACGCAAAAGACAUGCUCACUGUCCGUGGAGACCCUCAUAUUUUGAUUGUGGGAGAUCCUGGUUUGGGUAAAAGUCAACUUUUAACGGCCGUGUCACAUAUUGCUCCAAGAGGAAUUUACGUUUGUGGUAACACUACAAGUACAUCAGGUUUAACAGUAACAGUCACUAGAGACUCUGCUACUGGAGAUUUUUCAUUAGAAGCAGGUGCUUUAGUUUUGGCAGAUCGUGGCUGUUGUUGCAUUGACGAAUUCGACAAGAUGAGCAGCGAACAUCAAGCUUUACUGGAAGCCAUGGAACAACAGAGUAUUUCAGUUGCAAAAGCUGGUAUUGUAUGUAAUUUACCUGCUCGAUGUUCAGUCGCAGCAGCUGCCAAUCCAGUUGGAGGUCACUACAAUAGAGCUAAAACGGUUGGUGAAAAUUUGAAAAUUAACCCUGCCUUACUCUCUCGAUUUGAUCUCAUAUUUAUACUUUUGGACAAACCAGAUGAGUUACGAGAUAAAUUGCUCUCUGAACAUGUUUUGAAACUCCACUCAGGAUCGACGAAUCGAACUGGAUCUGCUCUUUCCACAUUUACAACAAAGCAUGCUCUCAGUCAAGUGGGUACACAACACGGUCAACAAUCUCUAAAAGAAAUUUUAAGACCAAAAAAAGGAGAAUCCUUUGAUAUCAUACCACCACGAUUACUUCGAAAAUAUAUUGCCUAUGCCAGACAAUAUGUCAUGCCAAAACUCAAUGAUGAUGCUAAAAAGGUAUUGCAAGAAUUUUAUGUGCAACUCAGAAAGUCACACCACAGUUCUGAAGCAACUCCUAUCACCACAAGACAAUUGGAAUCUCUCAUUCGACUUGCACAAGCAAGAGCACGAGCAGAGUUGAGAAAUGUUGUUACCGAAAGAGAUGCUCUCGAUGUCGUUGAAUUAAUUAAGGAGUCUAUGUUUGAUGUAUUGACUGAUGAUAAGGGAAGAAUCGAUUUAACACGUGUGAGUGGAAUGAGCAAAACAAAACAACAAAAUGCUUUCAUUGAACAAUUAACAAAGAUUGCAGAUUCACAAGAUCAUGGUCCUCUGUUCGAAUAUACUGAACUCAUUCAAUAUGCUCAAAAGAUGGGACUCACGGAAGAUCAUCGAAUUCUAAUCGAUCGAUUGAACAAUCAGGGAUAUUUACUCAAGAAAGGAACUGGAACGUACAAACUUACAACAUGUGCCUCGACAACAACACCAACAAAACCUAAAGCAAGAUCAAGACUUCCCUCCCAAGAAUCAUCACAAGCAAGUUAUUAUGAAGAGUGA